UCAUUAUUAGAGUUUAAUAAAUAACAUUACACAGUGGAAGACGUCUAAAUAUCGAUCAGGUCUAUACAUUAAUUAUUUGGGUAUACAUUAUAUUAACUCUGGGUUUUAUAUGCCUGUCUGGUGUAGGCUUUAGUUGACAUAUGGAUGUCUUGUAAUACGCAUUAGAUUUGCACAAUGAGGAUUAAAGAUGACAGACUUGUUGAGGCCGACGGAAAGCAGUAGGAUGAAGGAACGGACGCUAACAGACUCCAAAAUCUCACUCAAGAAAGAGAAAUCCAGCAUGAGUACACAAAGUUCAUCUAACAUAACCGGAAAUGGCGAUCCGACAGGAAGUGACGUGAAAAACGGAAAUGAUAUCAUAACAAAGAGUGAACAAGAUACCGUGGAAACAAAUAAUAAUGACAAUACUAAAUCUACUGCAAAUGAUACAAAACCGAGUGACAAAGUCCCAGUUAAUGUUUUACAAGAAGCUUUGGCCCUGGAAGAAAAUGAUCUCGAUGAAUAUGACCCUGAUUUAUUUAUAACAGAUGAAGAGAAGAAAGCGUUUGAAUACAUGCUGGAACAAAAACGAGCGGCCAUUGUUCAACGUAAGGAGAACUUUGAGAAGUGGGUCGACGCUAUCACACGGCGACGGAUGUUUGCCUUAAGCAGAAUGAGGAAAAUUAACUUGUUUCACGGAAAAAGAAACAAAUUGUAUGGCAAACUAGAAAAAUUCAUCAGUGACGUUUAUAGUGAAAAUGGCGAAAAUUCCGAAGAUAACUCUAGGGAUGUUUCUUCAGCAGACGAAAACGGAAAUGUAUCUCGUCAAAGUAAUAAUGAAGCUGGGUCAGUAGCACAAAUAAAUACGGAAAGUGACAACAAUCGAGCUUCUCUACUCAGUAGAGAGGACACGGGAUUUGUGUCACGUGACAGCGAGCAUACUCCGAACCUUGUCCAAGAGCAGACACCAUUAGUAGCUCCUUUGCAUUCGUGAUACCCUGACUACCUAUAUAAUGAAUUCAACUCUGCAAUAAAAACAUAUCUUUUAUUUUGAAUAAUACUGUGAUAAAAUCUUAUGAAGCAAAAUGUUCAUCCUGUUGUCAAUGCAGUGAGAAAAUCGAUAGAGGGGUUAGUUGUCACGAUUUCCUUAAAAUUACAAAGACUGUUAAUUAAUUCUUAAUUAAUGUAUGAAUUAACAAUAAGAUGCUACGAUGAUAUACAGAAUGAAAACCUAUCAAAAUAAGGAAUGUGAUAUUUUUUGUGUUCAAUAUUUUGAUACUGAGUCCUUCUGUAUAAACGGAGUCCUAUAUUUAAAUGACCCUGUUAUAUCAUAGGUUCACUGUAUAUCUAAUACAGGAAGUGAACAGUCCCGGUUCCAUUGUUGUUUUACGGGUUUAGAGUGAUCUUCUGAUAAUUUUUCUUUACAAUAAAUGUCAUCAUUUGAAACGAACUAAAGUAUU